AUGGAUCGUAUAGCGUCAGCAGCCGGAGCUCGUGUCACAAUUCACGAGUUUGACCAUGAACCACAGCCAGAAGAGAAAGGAUUUUACGUUGCUCCAGGAUUUACAACAUCCAUAUCUCUUAGAAAGAUGACAACUCAAACUGUAAAGCCUAUUUGCGAUCCUAACAAGAAAACAACGGUAGACAAUGAAAAAACAUAUUCUUACUCACAGACGAUAGGACGUUUAUUAUCAGACAUAGGUGGUCAGUUGGGUCUAUGGAUUGGAGUUUCAGUUGUAACAUUGGUGGACUUCACUGAAAGCCUUUCAAACUUCAUGAAAGCUUUUAUCGACGGAUAA